CAAUUCCACCUGCCAUUGUGUUAAAAAAUGAACCCCUCUUAUUUUGCAAAUCUCAAGCUUUUAGAACUUUUCACGGAAAUUACUUGCGUUCUCAUUGUGAAGGUUUCGUUAACACAGCAGAUGUCAUAAAAGAUAAUGAAAACUGGACUAUACUUCCACUAAAUAAAACUUAUGGUGAUUAA